AUGGCACAGGGAUUACCACUGUUCUCUAAUUUUGUUGUUAACGAGCCUGCUGUGGACACUAGAUGGAAAAAAUGGUGUCACCGUCUAGAGAAUCUACUAAUUGGUUUGGACAUAACUAAUGAAAAGAGAAAGAGAGCCUUACUUCUACAUUAUGCCGGGGAAGAAAUUAUCCAAGGAUGUCAGUCAACAAGGUUACGCCGCAAAGCGCUGAAACAAGAUAUAACUUUGGAUGAAUUGAUUCAAGAAGCUCGUGCACUGGAAUUAUCUGACAAACAUGCUUCCGAAAUUGAACAUGGUACGGGUGAAAGUGAGAACAAGGUUACAAAAAGGAAAUUCAAACCGAAGAAAAUUACACCAAACAAUCGGAAUAAGCAAAAACAAAGAAAAUGUCGAAACUGUGGAUUUGAAUACACUCACAAGACAAAAUGUCCAGCGCAAGGUAAGGAAUGUUUAUACUGUCACAAGAAAAACCAUUUUGAAAGUGUGUGCCGCUCAAAAACAAUGAAAUCUAGGAAAACUAACAAUCUAAAUGAUUAUUCAUCGAGUGAUGACAGUGACCAAAGUGACAAUUAUGCAUUUGGACUAACUGUAAAUGCCAUGUCCAGGAGACCAUACGUAAGUGCUUCAGUUAAUGGACACAAUGUCAAGUUCCUAACUGACACUGCUUCUUCAGUUAAUGUACUAGAUCAAGAGACGUACAACAAAAUGAAUCCGAAACCAAAGCUUCAAAGACUAAACAUGAAAGUAUUUGCAUAUGGCACUGAUUCUCAUGUCAAACUUCUUGGAAAAUUUGUGACUACCUUUGAAACAAAACAGAAGUACACUACAGCUGAAAUUUUGGUGACAGAAAGCUAA